AAGACAAAAAUGCCGCUUAUAGGACCAUGCUCGAUUACUAUAUGCAAGAAACAAACCUCAAUAAGAUGGAAAAUGGCGAUACUAUAUGCUUGAACUGCUACAACAGAAUAACAAUAGGAAGUGUAACAUUUCAGAAACAUGCGUUAGAUCAGUCUCAUUAUCACGAGACAGAAACUUCCACAGAAACUUUUACAGAAACUUCUGAUACUAAUUUAACUUUUUCCCAAGCAGUAGGAAUAAUCACAGAUAUCCUCUAUGAACGAGAAUGGAAAGAAUUGCCACCAAUUUGGAUAUUCGAAGAAUUUCGUGCGAUUAUGGAAUUAGAAGACGAACGGCUAAAGUCUUUCUUCGAUGAAUUAUAUUCAUCAACAAACCCUAUUAGAAAUAAGUUCGUUAACAAUGCAAAAAGAGAUCUAGGAAUGUAUUUAGAUUCUACUGGAACACCCGAUUCAACGAUAGAUACCUUAGCAACAUUAGGCAUGUCAGUAACAUCUUGUUCAAUUGCUUACCACAAGGAUGCUAUAUCUAAAAAGCAUAUGACAACUGUGGAAUCAAAUCUUGCAGAUAGUACUAAUAAUGCACUAGUUUUAAAUAUCGACGAUUACCACAGUAUCCACUCUAAAAGAAUGCCUAACACAACCACGACGUCGACUGCUGAACAUUUCGCCACUAUUUUACUUAGUCCAAUCAAGAAUCAACCAGCGAUAUCAAAACUAGAUAUUCAUAAUCUCGCGUUAGUUGAAGCUUCAUUAAUUAAAUCUGGAAUUGAAAAUUAUUUUAUAGCGACGUAUUCACUCUCUCAUAACCGACGUUGGGGAUUCCGCUUCGUGGAUGAUGAAACAAAGCUUGAAGAGCUAACAGUUCAUAGCUAUGAUGUUCGUUUAAAAGAAAAAAGGAGCACAAGAUCAUUGAAGGAUGCUGUACUUGUGGAUCUCUUGGAGAAUAAUCUUCAUUCGAUAGAAGCUUAUAUUAAGGCUAUUAAUGUUGCUGCUUCUGUUCCAGUAAUAAAUAAAUAUAUCGAAGACGGCAACGUUGCUAUGAAAAAGCCGUCGAAAAAGCAUAUGGAAGAAGAAAGUGCCAGUAUUCCUAUUCCAGCAAUGAAGAUUAAAGAAGUGUGGCUUUGUCAUCUGCCUUUAGGAUAUAGUUCUUCGCAUAAGCCUAGUUUGUCUGGUUGCAAUUCUUCCAAUUGUUUUAUUACUAACAAUAUUCUUACUGAAGAAACAGGACGGGUAUUGCCAUGUGGCCACGCGUAUCACGAUACAUGUUUCAGCCAGGAUGGAUCCAAGUGCUUGCACUGUUUAGAUUAUAUUAAUAAUGAUGUUGACAAUCAUGUUAAUUCGCUUUUAGAAAGCCUACGUCAGCUUAAUUCGAAUACUAAAGUCAAAAGCAAAGAUCGUGAUUCUAUUCCUGAAGAUAAUGACGAUACUAAGGAAUCUGUAGAUGGUAUUUCAGCUCCCUGGGACAAUACAAUAUGGCGAUUCCUUUUACUAUAG